GGAAUGAAGGAUGGCAGCAUGCCGUGCAUUAAAAGCUGUUUUGGUGGAUCUCAGUGGCACACUUCACAUUGAAGAUACAGCUGUGCCAGGUGCACAGGAAGCUCUUCAAAGGCAAGCUGUCCUCCACGUUCAGCUGACAAAUAUGUUUGUUACGUGCUACUUCUGUAAUGGUUAGGUUUGUGACCAAUACAACCAAAGAGAGCAAGAAAGAUCUCUUGGAAAGAUUGAAAAAAUUGCAGUUUGAUAUCUCUGAAGAUGAAAUAUUCACUUCUCUGACUGCAGCCAGAAACUUGGUAGAGCAGAAACAAGUCCGACCCAUGCUGCUGGUUGAUGAUCGGGCCCUACCUGAUUUUAAAGGAAUACAAACAAGUGAUCCUAACGCUGUGGUCAUAGGAUUGGCACCAGACCAUUUUCAUUAUCAAAUUCUGAAUCAAGCAUUCCGGUUGCUUCUGGAUGGGGCACCUCUGAUAGCAAUCCACAAAGCCAGGUAUUACAAGAGGCAAGAUGGCUUAGCCCUGGGGCCCGGACCAUUUGUGACUGCUUUAGAGCAUGCCACAGAUACCAAAGCCACAGUCGUGGGGAAACCAGAGAAAAUGUUCUUUUUGGAGGCAUUGCGGAGCACUGGCUGUGAACCUGAGGAGGCCAUCAUGAUUGGAGAUGAUUGCAGGGAUGAUGUUGGUGGGGCUCAGAAUGUCGGCAUGCUGGGCAUCUUAGUCAAAACUGGGAAAUAUCAAGCAGCAGACGAAGAAAAAAUUAAUCCAGCUCCUUACUUAACUUGCGACAGCUUCCCUCAUGCCGUGGACCACAUUCUGCAGCAUCUACUGUGAACCAUUAUGUGAAUCAGAAGCAACUUGAAACGCAGCUUUUCAUUGUCUGGAAAGAAUCCCUCAACAACUUAAUGCCACUUAAUGACAGGCAGAGACCACUCAGCCCCGUCACCAUUUAACCCUCUUUUAUUGGGCAGUAAUUAGAAAGAAAGGUAUUGAAUUGCAGCCAGACACAAAGCCUGGCUAAUCCCUUUUGUUUUUUUUUUCCGUAAAAGAAGAUGAGAUCCAAAGAAAGGGAAAGCUGAGAUUUUGUGCCAUUCCUUUUAAAAUAUUCAUCAGGUUAGUGGCACUGGGGAAGAGUCUCCUGCAGGGAGCCUGUUCUCUGCUGUCUCCUCGCUGGUAAAUUGGAGGGGUUCAGACUCUGAAUAAAGUUGAAUGGUGUUUUUUAAGUUAUAAAGUACUGCAUUGAAAAGUGCAUUAGGCUGUAGUUUUAAUAUUGAGUUCAACUGUGAAAUCCAUCAGAAGUGCCAAGUAGGGUACAGGACAGAAGAAGCAGAAUAAAGUGUCCUUUAGCCCAAGUGAAGGAGUGAAUUUGCUUUAACAGAUGUUGAAAACUAGAUUAGCUACAGUAUUAUUCGCAGCAUGGGUGACUUCUUUUUCUCUUCGUUAGCCAGAGAUGAGUAAUUUAAAUUUAGAACCUGGUUUUAAUUUAAAAUAAUAUUUCCAUUAAUAACCUAUUCAUUGCAGAUACCUAUUAUACUGUGUAACAGUUGUUUUGGAAAUUUUAUGUAAAAACUAUCAGUAUUUUACAGAUGUUUUAAUUAGACAUUGUUAUUAACAGGAACAGUGCAGAAACUAAAAUCAAGGCUUUAAUGUCUUAUAGACCAUGCAUUUUUGAGGCUAGUGUCCACCCGGGUCCUAUUAACUGUACAUUUGCAAGAUUUCAUUAUUUUUGCCUCUGACACUAUGGGGAAAAUCUUUCAGAAGCUAUUGGGACAGAUUCAAGCACUUAUAUACUUGGUUACUACGGCUGUAAAAUGAAAUCUCGUCUUGCAGCACGGAUUCUUCUUCUCAUGUUAAACCCACCAAAAUGAAGGGGACUAAAUAGGUAGUGAUUUUCUUAGUGCAUUUGCAUACUGUGAUGAUCCUGGGCCUUUGCAGUUGUUUUACUGGGCUCUUGGGCACUGGAUUAUUAGCUUGUAAUUGUCCAUUAUCAUGGUGCUCACCUUAUUGAAGCACACAGCAGUGUUAAUGAGCUUUGGGUUUUGAUGCUUGUUUAGAGAUCAGCUUGGUCUUGGAUGGGAGGGAGCAAAGCUAAAUAAAUG